CCUUCCAAUCACCAUCGGAGUCCAGACGUCCUAAUCACUAAUCAAUCGGGGAAGCACGCGCACCGCCACCACCGGAGCGUCUGCUCGUGAGGUGAAGGGAAGGGGAGGAGAAGGUUUUUGGUUGUAGUGUGUGUGUGUCGCCGGCGAUGGGGGCGGAGGCGGAGUGCGACAGGAUAAAGGGGCCGUGGAGCCCCGAGGAGGACGAGGCGCUGCGGCGGCUGGUGGAGCGGCACGGGGCGCGGAACUGGACCGCGAUCGGGAGGGGGAUCCCCGGGCGGUCGGGCAAGUCGUGCCGGCUGCGGUGGUGCAACCAGCUGUCGCCGCAGGUGGAGCGCCGCCCCUUCACGGCGGAGGAGGACGCCGCCAUCCUCCGUGCGCACGCGCGGCUCGGCAACCGCUGGGCCGCCAUCGCGCGCCUGCUGCCCGGCCGCACCGACAACGCCGUCAAGAACCACUGGAACUCCUCGCUCAAGCGCAAGCUCGCCACCGCCACCGGCGGCGCGGCGUGGGAGGACGGCAGUGACUCCGGCGACUCCCCGCGGCCGUGCAAGCGCGCGAGCCCGGGCCCCGAGAGCCCCACCGGAUCGGACCGCAGCGAGCUCAGCCACGGGAGCGGGCAGGUGUUCCGGCCCGUCCCGCGUCCCGGCGGGUUCGACGCCAUCAGCGCGGACGUGAGGCCGCCUCCUCCGCGCCAGGACGAGGACCUGAUCACCUCUCUGUCGCUCUCUCUCCCCGGACUGGACCACGGGUUCCACCACGACAGCGCCCGGAGCCACUUCCAGGAGCUCUCGCCGUCGCCACGCUCGCCCUCUCCCCCGCCGGCGCCGGCGCCCCAGCCGUCGUCCUCUUACCAGUUCAGCGGCGAUCUGGUGGCGGCCAUGCAGGAGAUGAUCCGCGCGGAGGUGUGCAAGUACAUGUCCGGCGUGGGGCUCCCCGCCGGGUGCGGUGCCGGGGCCGUGGGAGAGGCGUGCAUCCCGCAGCUCGUGGAGGGCGUGAUGCGCGCCGCCGCGGAGCGGGUCGGCGUCUUGACCCGCCAGUAAAAAUAAAAACGCUAGUAGUAAAAACCAUCGGCCGUCCGCCGAUGCAAGUGCAAAGAAGUCGCCGCGAACGCGGUCGCACCGCCGCUAGAUCUUGUGAAGGAGUAGCGCUGAGCUGUAGUCGCUUUCUUUUCUGGUUCGUUCUGUUUGCGCUUCCUGCUUUGGAGUCUGUUUAUUCUUCGGCCUGCUCUGAAACAGAGCAGCGGCGAAGUCGGCAAGGGGGAAAAUGGAAAGAAAUGAGAACGGAAAUUGUUAAUUA